AUGGCUUCUACAGCCAGUAAAGUUGGCGAAGGCCUAGCAAAAGUGUUCGGCAUCGACUUGCACUACCGGAAUGAAACUGGCUCGGAACGCAUAACUCGAGGCGAAAGCGUCUUCACCAUCGACUCCGCAGACACCUAUGUUGAGGAAGAACCUACCGCGAAAGAAUGGAUCAAAGACACUCUUCCCAGUGGUCACGAGCUGAGAGAGUACUGCUCCAGCUUGUUUCCGUUCCUUUCCUGGAUAGGCCGAUACAACGUACAAUGGUUGAUCGGAGAUCUUGUUGCUGGUAUCACUGUGGGCGCUGUUGUAGUUCCUCAGGGUAUGGCCUAUGCGAAGCUCGCUGAGCUUCCAGUCGAAUUCGGAUUGUACUCUUCCUUCAUGGGUGUACUCAUUUACUGGUUCUUCGCUACCUCGAAGGACAUUACCAUUGGACCCGUUGCCGUUCUAUCCACAGUCACGGGCGGUGUCGUGCUGUCUGCAGAAGAGAAACUUGCUGGCCAAGACAUCUCACGAGACAUGAUCGCGUCCGCCUUGGCCAUCAUUGCCGGAUCAAUCGUUCUCUUCUUGGGUCUUGUCCGCAUGGGUUGGAUUGUGGACCUCAUCUCACUGCCUGCUAUCUCGGCUUUCAUGACCGGCUCUGCCCUCAGUAUCGCUGCUGGCCAGUUCCCUGCCAUGAUGGGUAUCACGGGAUUCUCGACUAGGGACCCCACGUACAAAGUGGUCAUCAACUCGCUGAAGUACCUUGGACGAACCGAUCUCAACGCAUCAUUCGGCCUGACCUGCCUGUUCCUCCUAUAUGCGAUCCGGUUUACCUGCGGUCAGCUAGCAAAGCGCUUCCCCACCCGCGCCAAGCUGUUCUUCUUCAUCAACACUCUGCGAACAGUGUUCGUCAUUUUGCUGUAUAUCCUAUUCAGCUAUCUGGCAAACCGAGAGCACAGGGCCAACGGAACUAAGCCGAUUAUCAAAACCCUUGGAACUGUUCCACGAGGCUUCCAACACGCGCGCGUGCCCAAGAUUACGAUCCCCAUCAUCAAGUCCUUCGCGACCGAACUCCCAUCGACAGUCAUCGUCCUCCUCAUCGAGCACAUAUCCAUCGCCAAGUCUUUCGGACGUGUGAACAACUACGUUAUCAACCCGUCGCAAGAACUCGUAGCCAUUGGUGUUUCCAACUGCCUCGGUCCCUUCCUAGGAGCAUACCCCGCGACUGGUUCUUUCUCACGUACUGCCAUCAAGUCCAAGGCUGGUGUGCGCACGCCUUUUGCAGGUGUCAUCACAGCCGCCGUAGUGCUACUCGCCAUCUACGCACUCCCAGCUAUGUUUUGGUACAUUCCCAACGCAGCGCUAUCGGCAGUCAUUAUCCACGCAGUGCUGGACUUGAUUACCCCGCCAAACACUGUAUACCAAUUCUGGAGGAUCUCACCGCUUGAAGUUAUCAUCUUCUUCGUUGGUGUUCUCGUCACUGUCUUCUCCAGCAUUGAGAAUGGUAUCUUCGUCACGGUGUCAGUUUCAGCAGGCAUGUUUGCUUUCCGCCUCUUCAAGGCCAAGGGCCGCUUCAUGGGUAGGGCCAAGAUUCACUCCGUCAUUGGCGACCAUCUGCUGGACCCAACCGAAGAAGACAAGAUGUCGCCGCCUGGUAUUCGGCAAAAGCCCUCGGAGGGAGAGCACUCUGUUCGUGAAGUCUUCCUACCCAUCGAUCACAAAGACGGAUCCAACCCAAGCAUUCAGCUGGAAGACCCUUACCCAGGUAUCUUCAUCUACCGAUUCAGCGAAGGCUUCAACUACCCCAACGCAAACCACUACCUCGACCAGCUCACCGACAUCAUCUUUGCGAAGACGCGCCGUACAAACCAAGCGACCUACAACAGACCGGGAGACCGCCCAUGGAACGACCCUGGCCCUCGCCGUGGCAAAGAUACUCAAAUUACCGACGACCGACCCACGCUCAAGGCCAUCAUCCUCGAUUUCUCCUCAGUUAACAAUGUCGACCUUACUUCAAUUCAGAACCUGAUCGACGUAAGAAACCAGCUCGACAAGUACGCGGCUCCAGACACCGUCGACUGGCACUUCUGCAACAUCAAUAACCGCUGGACCAAGCGCUCGCUCGCAGCCGCCGGCUUCGGCUACUACACUCCUGAAAUGCCCGAUAGCGGCAUCACCCACCGAUGGAAACCGAUUUUCAGCGUCGCCGAAAUCGGCGGCUCCGACUCUGCUGCCGCGGAAGCAGAAGCACGCGAGAACCUCCUCGCACAACGUACAUUAUCGCAAGUACGAAGUCGCGAUAUUGAGGCUGCGCAUCCCGACUCGGGCGAUAGCUCCGAGACGGGUAGCAUCACCAAGCAGCUGGAGCACAGCAAGGCGUAUGGACAUGCCGAUGCGCAGGAUGCUAGGCAUAGGGGCCGGAUAGCGGUUGUUCAAGGGCUGAACAGGCCGCUGUUCCAUGUGGAUGUUACGGCUGCGCUUAACAGUGCAUUGGCUAAUGCGCAGAGGAAGAGUCACUAA